AUGCCGAGACGCAGGGAGAACAUCGAAUGCGUCCAUUGCGGACGCUUCCAUCCACAGUAUUACGGCGCCGCAUUGAAAAAUCAUGCGAGGGUACACCAGGACCGUCGCCAGGCUGUGCAGCGACAACGUGAACCCUCGACAGAAACAGAGGAUGAUUCGGUAUCAAUUCCGCAAGUUGCAGCCUUAGCUGGGCGUGUCCGGCUUCUAAAGGAAGAGCAACUGACUGCUGGGAAUGUGGCACAAAAAGUGCUAGAAGUAUGGGGUCACGAUGACACGAGAAUGGCGUUGUUGCGCCGUCUGAUGACUCCUCAUCUUCCACCUGGGCGUGGAGCAAAUUCGCUAUUGGCGACUGCCAGGAGCGCAAUUCUUACCUUAGUUGGUCCUGUCGUCCGAGCUGGGCUAAUGAGUCCUACGUAUUUCCAGCCUGGGCCGUUGCAAGACCCUACAUGGCCUGAGCAAGAGCCGUCUUCCUACCCCGUACAUUUAUCAUUGGUGAGAACGUCAAUUGGAUUGGCUCUCCUUCGAGAUGAUGUCCGCGCAGUUGAGAUGCUAGUCACGCUUGAAAUGAACCCGAACGGUAUGCUUUUGUGUGGAUACAGCAUUCUGGCUGUGGCGGUCUUAAUAUCGGCGACGGAGGUUCUAGACUACCUCCUAUCCCUCGGAGACGAGAUUCGAAUUGACCAGCAGGCAAAUGCCUACGGUGAGCAAGAGGAAACGGCAAUAUCGCUGGCAUGGAAGGUCGGGAACAAGGACGCUUUCAGGAAGCUCUUAAAACACAAUGGGGGUGAAGCCCCAGGUCGAAGCCUUUUCCUCAUCUGUGCCUAUGAGCAUCAUGAUGCGUUCGACGAGGUGCUGCAACUUGAUUUGGAUGGCCGAGAACUUCUUCGGGCGCAACAUCCGGUAAACCAGGAGACCGUUCUUCAUGCCGCUGUGUUGAACACGGAUCACGCUGUCUUGGACGCAGUACUGCAAUUGGCUGUGCGGGUUGGUGACAGUGAGAAUGACACGUAUCCUCAAUAUCUUCAGCUUCGAAAUAGACAAGGUCAAACGGCUCUGAUGUAUGCGAUCGAGCAUAAGAGAUACAGGGCCGUCGUAAGACUUCUCGAGGACCAAGACAUCGAUCUCAACGAGCGAGCGUGGGGCGGCCAGACCGCGCUAUGGUAUGCCGCCCGCGUUAUGGAUCUAGAGCUGGUCAUUCUACUCCUCGUACUGGGAUGCGAUGCGGGCAACCCUCUUCCUCUUCAGUUUCCGACCAAAGGUACUCCGCUCAAUGCCUUGCUCUAUGCAUAUGAGGAUAUCCUGCAGAGGUACACGCAUGAACUACUGGAGGGUGUGCAGGGAGCACAAAGGAGAUUCAAUGAGGGGAAAGAAGACAUUCUUGAGAUUGCUCAGACGUUACUUGAGUACGGUUGUCAAUCAAAUGUAGGGGAUGAUCGUUGGCGAAUGCCUAUGACCGAAAGACUAGACGCAUUUCCAGAGUGGGAGACGUUGUUCACGUAG